ACAGUCGUUUAAUUUAAUCCGCCCCUAAACGCACACAGACUAACCCAUCGCCUAUAUUUAAACUCUUGACAGAACACAGCAGCGGUCAUUUACAAAAUCUUGGCAAACUUCAGCAUUUUUUAAUCGUCGGGGCAUAUACAAGCUUUAGUUUUAGUGUUAUAGCUAAACGUGUAUGUAUGAAUUAUCCACUCGGUUAAUGUAAAUCAGAAACAAACUUCGACAAAUUUGUCCAAGGAGUAUAUGCUUACAGGAAUAUUCGGAUUUAAGUCGUUGUUUUGAGGGAGCUGUGGUAUGGAUAAGUUUUGAUAAGUUCUCGACUAGAGGAGGAUCGCUUAGGACCAGGAGUUCACAUUCCUUCUGAAUAACAUACCAAGAAACUUCUCAGAAUGGAUUCAGCAAAAUGUGUGUUAUUAGGCUUGGGAAUUUCAUUAUGUGUCUUUUCGUUGGUGUCAUGCAUCGAUGCCAAAGAAAAGGCUAAAAAGAUUCACGCCCCGAGCUAUGCGAGCAAGAUCGAUUUGGUACAAGAGGUAGACGAAGGGCACCACAGGUGGCGACGUGACACCGAUGAUGAUGACGACGAGGAGGACAUCGAUGCGGCGAUUGCUGAGUUGGACAGAAUCCUUGCCGAAAUACGAGCCACACAUGAGAGCGCCCAAUACAUGGCGGGGCAAACGAGAGCAAGUAGUAACCAAUAUCAAGUGAGGCUUCAGGGAGGAUCAUCUGAAUAUGAAGGUAGGGUGGAGAUCAGAUACCAAAACCAGUGGUACAUGGUAUGUGAUGAUGGCUGGGGUAUCGAGGAAGCUAACGUCGUCUGCAACCAGCUGGGUUAUGAUGGAGCCCAGUCAGCAGUUCAAUUGGCAGCAAUUGACUUUGGGAGUAACAGUAAUAGCUUUGCUAUGGACGAUGUAGUAUGCUCUGGAACGGAGACAGAACUCAUAAAAUGUUCUUACCGAGGAUGGGGAUCACACAACUGUGAGAACGUGGAAGCUGCAGGAGUCAGAUGUGUAGAGAGAACAAUACCCAACAGAGGCAAUGCUGAAAUAACUGAUCAUCUCUCUCUGUUUGCUCGUAUUCCUGCUGCUUUUCUUGCUGGUCACAAUGAUGGGACCUUUUCCGUGGCUACACCUGAACUCUGUGCCCAGAAAUGUAUUCAGGAGAGGACCUUCGUUUGUAGGUCGUUUGAGUACAAUGAGCAGUCUAAUGAGUGCUUUACUAGCUCCAGUAACUCAAGAGAUGCAGAUCUUACACUUCUAACCACAUCCCAGAUUAACUUCUUUGAGAGGCUGGAUAUUGGUCCAAUCUCCCUAUUUGACAUGACACCUAAUUCUGCAAUGCCUGGUAACAACAUUGAGUCUUUGACAGCAGUAUCUUUGGAGGAAUGCGCUGAGAAGUGUCUUACUGCUCCUUGGCCUUGUGCUUCCUUUGACUUUGCUAGACGUGCCAAUAGGUGCUGGCUGAGUAACAAGUCUCCAAGUCAGGUGGCUAUUAGGAGUGAUUUCCCUGAGAACCCGUACGACUUCUUUGCUAGGAGAGGUCCAGCCACUCCGAACUGUUAUUCAGGCAAUGGAGAGAAUUAUCGUGGAUUUAGCUUCACUACAGUGCAAGGAAGACAAUGUACUAACUGGCAAGCAGCAGCUCUUGAUCGUGUAGGAGUAACACCUGCACUCUUUCCUGAUGGAGGAAUUGGGAAUCAUAAUUUCUGCCGCAACCCAGACAGUGACCGUCGACCAUGGUGUUAUUACAAGGACCCUGACUCGUCAACUGUAACUGGAUGGAUGUAUUGUAACAUAACUGUUUGUUCAACUACCACAGCGCUGCCAACGGAAAGACCGGCACCUCAACCGCCGGUACCUACCCAAGCUCCAUCAGGUCCUGUGUCUAUAUCAAGAGGGAAACCUGCCUUCCAGAGUUCAACCUUUACCUCAGGUGGUGUAAUGUACCACGCUCGCCUAGCUGUCGAUGGCAAUGCAAACCCAAACUUUGAUCAAGGAUCCUGCUCCAGAACUCAUCAUAGAGCGAAUUCAUGGUGGUACAUUGAUCUACAAGGAACCUAUGAUGUUAAUACUGUGGUCAUAGUCAACAAAGAUACACAAGGAGAGAGGCUGCGUGGAUCAAUGGUCUCCAUUGGUUCGUCUGCUACCGAUCCAUCCAGCCGCAUCCAGUGUGGUCGUAUCACACGAGGCAUGACGGCCGAAGCUAACAGCGACCCUCACAAGCGCAUCAGGAUUGAUUGUCCUAGCUCCAUCAGAGGGAGCUAUGUUCAUAUUGGUUCACCUCGUAAGGAUUAUCUUUCACUCUGUGAGGUAGAGGUCUAUGGAACACCUUCAUCUCCUACAGCAGCUCCUGAACCUGCAGUCACUUGUACCGCAUCUGAAUUUGAGUGCACAUCAGGAAGUGUAUCUUGUGUUGCUGAAAGACUGCAGUGCAAUGGGGAAAAUGACUGUACAGAUGGAAGUGAUGAAUCUGGAUGUCCUGAUCCUAUGGAUGACUUCACGGUAAUGGCCGGCAAAUUCCUUCCAAAUAGGGAGCCAUCUGUCAUCUACAUGGAGAAAACAGCCGAGGAAUGCGCCAGAUUCUGCGUUUCCGCCAUGACCUUCAUAUGUCGUUCUUUUGAUUACAUUGCUGCCGAACGAACAUGUAAUUUAUUUGACGUUAGCAGGUCGCAAAAUGGAAGACUUUUCAGUCGUCAGGGUGUUACACAUUAUGAAAGGAUAUCACAGACAACUGAUUGUACUAAUGUGAAUGGAAUCCAGUAUCACCCAUGUCCUUCUGGUCGAUGUAUCCCUAAUGAUUGGUUAUGUGAUGGAGAUAACGAUUGCAGUGACUUCACUGAUGAAUCAAAUUGUGGUACGUCAGCAGAAGCAUUUGAAGUCCGUAUCGUCAACGGGACUGCGCCUAACGAAGGUCGCGUUGAGGUAAAGUACCGUGGCGAGUGGGGAUUGGUAUGCGACGAUGAGUGGGAUCUGAAUGAUGGACAUGUCGUUUGUCGGCAGUUAGGAUACAGCAGAGGAGCAUCAGAUGUGUAUGUUGUUGGUGAAUUUGGUCAUGGAAGCUUGACUGAAAUCUUGAUGGAUGAUGUACAGUGCACUGGAACUGAACAAUCCUUAGCAGACUGCACCCAUGCUGGAUGGAACUUACAUAACUGUGUGGUUGGAGAGGCUGCAGGGGUACUCUGCAAACAAGAUCAAGAUUGUCCAGCGAAUCACUUUGAAUGCAACAAUCUCAGGUGUGUUCCUCAGACGGUCGUUUGUAACGAUGUGGAUGAUUGUAAUGAUAGAUCUGAUGAACUGAAUUGCUUCCAAGAGCCUCAGCGAUUACCAGUUCGUCUUGUUGGUGGAAACGGACAAACCUCAGGAAGGGUAGAGGUCUUUCAUAACAACCAAUGGGGUACCGUCUGUGAUGAUUAUUUCAGUGAAGCAGCCGCUAGAGUUGUCUGUAAUCAGCUCAACAUCAAAGGAGAUGUUCGUGUGUACCCUCAGGCCUCAUUUGGGGAAGGGUCAGGACAGAUAUGGCUUGAUGAUGUGAGAUGCUCUGGUACGGAACCAUCAUUACGUCAAUGCACCACUCCUGAACUCGGUCGGCAUAACUGCCAGCACAAUGAAGACGUCGGUGUCGAAUGCGGCUUAGAGACACUUCCUUGUGGAGUACGGGGCAUUGAGAAUGGUAACAUCAUGGCAAGGAUCAUUGGAGGAAGUUCUGCUAAGAGAGGCAAUUGGCCGUGGCAAGCUCAGCUGAUCUUAAGGGGGAGCGGUCACUACUGUGGUGGAACACUCAUUGACGAAUCCCAUGUGCUUACAGCAGCUCAUUGCUUCCAAAGGUAUGGUAAGAGCUCCUUCAAGGUUCGACUAGGUGAACACCAUCAAUUCAUCAAUGAAUCAUCUGAACAAGACUUCCGUAUUAGUUGCCUGUACAAGCAUCCUGAAUACAACUCUAAGACUACCAAUAAUGACAUUGCCGUAAUAAGGUUGGACCGGCCGGCCCAAAUCACAUCAUUUGUUACACCAGCCUGCCUACCAACAGAAGGAGAGUUUGGUAAUAACCACCAGUGUUGGAUUUCAGGUUGGGGUAAUACAGGUAAUGACAGGUAUCCCAGUCGACUACAAGAGGCUAGAGUUCCCCUCUUACCACGUGAAACCUGUACUAGAGCUAACGUCUAUGGAAGGAAGCUUACCGAUAAGAUGCUAUGUGCUGGGUAUCUACAGGGCGGUAUUGACAGCUGUGACGGCGAUAGCGGUGGUCCAUUGGUCUGUGAGAAUAGUGAAUCCAUAUGGAAGGUUGUUGGUGUGACAUCAUGGGGGUACGGCUGCGCUCAGCCUAAUGCCCCAGGAGUGUAUGCAGUGGUCACUCAAUACUUGGGUUGGAUUAAUGAGAAGAAGAUUACCAGGACCUGUUUGUAAUAUGGUCCUUUGAGUGAAUUCAACCAUCAUCUUGGUAUAAUGGAAUUCAUAUGACAGUUCAAUAUGUAUAUAAAAAAAUAUGUUAACAAUCUGAGCAAGGUCAUAAGUUAACCCAUUGGAGACUGAUCUAGCAUGUAUGCUUGCUGGAGUAUAAUAGAACAUGUGUUAUAUCAAAAUUAUACAGUCUUUAAUUGGUUAAGAGGUCAGGGAAUUUCAUUGAUUGCAUUUUUCAGAUAACAUUUGAUAGAACAACACGUGUGAUUCCCAUUAAUCUUCAAGCUUGCAACUUGGAUGCGACAACUCAGACUACGAUCCAUGAGUUAAAAAAAUGUAGAAUUGAGAUUUAUGAACUUCCAAUGAUGCAAUCAAUACCUUACCUCUUUCAGCGAGAGGUAGAAAAUGCAGGAUGUUAUUAAAGCCCCUUUCACAAUUGGUUUGGGACUAUUUGCGAUCAUGAGUAUGUCAAGGGUAUGUGUAAGGAAUAACUCAUUUGUCAUAAAAUCUGUUAUAUAGUAUUAGCAUGAGUUCCUAAUUCCAUGCAUUCAAAUGAAGAUCCCAUAGUGAUUUUAUUUUAAUAUUUAGUUUAUUUUUCAUCCAUGUAUGUUUUUAGAGAUUAUAUUCUUUGCAAGCUUACUAUUCAUGCUUUUCAUAAUCAGUGCUUUUGAAUCAUUGGUUUUGCAUCACUGCCUGUGCCCUUUAAUGAUUGUAUCAAUAAUACGUGCUGCUCUAAGAUAUCAGUUUUAAUGUUGACUUACAUGUAGAUGAAUGAGGUAAACACAUUAUAGAGUAUAAUCUCAUGAGAUCAGAUGUUACACAUGCCUUAAUUCAUUGAUUAAGGAAUGUACAUGUGGAACAAAAUCAUUGUUGAAGUCAAAAUGAAAUAAUCCAUUUACCUCAUUUGCCUGGAAAUUUGUUUCCAUCUCAUUCUCUUUAAGUAAUACAUACAUGUUUAUAGAGUGGGUACAAAAAGUAUUUUGUAUAAAAUAGCGUAUAUCAUAGAAAUACAUGAAAUCAGAAAAUUAGACAAUGAAUGUAUUUUUUUAUUUUAAAUGUUAACAAAUAUUAAAUGUUGCCUACAUGAAAAGAUUCUACUAGAUUAUAUUAAGUUGGUGUAAUUUUGUUGUUGGAAGGUAACAUUGUGAUGACAUACUGCAUCGAGCACUGAAGAAUAAUUUCUUUAGCUGACAAUCAUUUGAAUAUUCAGGGGAAAAUCCCAGGUUUGUCAAAACACAUUCUACAUGUAGUAGUCUAAAUUGUAACGUAAAGUAGAAGAGACUUACUUGAAUUGUGUUCCAAAUUCUGUACUAUAUCUGCUUCAAAACAAAUUGAUAUCAGACACUCACUUUUGCUAAAUUUCUCUCAAUGAUUCCUUGCUGAUUAAAGUGUAUAUUAAUAGUGUGUGUAGACUACUCAUAGUAACUAGAUAUUGUCAAUGGAGUAAUUUAAUGUGCUGAAUUUAUUGUAUAUUUUGACAUUCUCAGCUGGGUUUGAGUUCUGCAAAAAUGAUUUGUUAAAGGACAAUCUCUAUCCAGUUAUUAUGUGAAAUAAAGGUCUGACCUUAAUGCACCCAUUUGGGAUUGCAUACAACUACUGAUACAGCAGUCUCUCCCUCAAACUCCUCCCCCUUUCCUCUCUCUUUCUUUUUUUUUCUCUCUCUUUCGCUCUUCUCUUGUCUUUCCCCAGCAAGAAUCAUGAACAGAUUUUCAUUUUGUGCAUGUGUGGGUUGUAAAUCAGUGAUUAGAUUGAUUGCAUUAGAAUUCAUUUACCAUUGUCUAUUGUCUUUAGACCAUUUACUAAAAUAUAUUUCCCUCAUUUAAAAGAGCAUACUUUUGCAAAAAAUAUAAACUUUUCCCUAAAAGCACACAAUAUUUGUGUUGUCAAGCAAUAUUAAAAAGGGUAUUUUAGCCUAUUUGUGCAUCUCAGUAUUGUCACAGUUUUAGCUGUCAUAAUAUAUUUCAUUAAAUUGUAAGUUAUUCCUUCCGACUUUUGUUGUUAGCAGAGGAGAAGUUGGCAAAAAAAGCCAAAGUCUUGAUUUAAUUUGUAUCCUUUGUCAUUAUGUCUGCUGGAAUCAUGCCAAGGGAUUUGUGCUAUCCGUCAUAUAUUUUUAUUGUUAGAUUGUAUGACAUAUGUCUAUUCAUACAGAACCAAUAGGUUACUGUAAUAGGCUCAAAUUGGUAUUUGGGAAGUAAAUUGUGUCAUUAUUCAACGAUUCAAGGUCUCUAUUGCACUUGUGAGUUAUUCAUGAAAACAUGUUUUGUUAAUACAAGGGUGGUGUGGUUACUUCUUUGUUAUAUUUGUGAAGAAACAUAUUUCUCGCCUUUCCGGGCGGCAGAAAGAUUUUCCUCUUGUGGAGCUGCUAAUACAAACACCUUGUGUUUGUGGAAUAGCAUGACCAAAGUGAUGAAAGGCAUAGCAAACAAUUGCAAUAGGAGGAAAAGAUAUGCUAAAUGGGAGAGAGAACAAGAGGGAUGUUACUAGAUAAAUACAACCAUUUGAAGUUUAGUAUUUAAUAAAUGUAAAUUAAUAUAACUCUGGCACUGAUAAAACGGUGGUCCCUUUCAUAUCUCCUGAUUACUCACAUUAUUUUGUGUAGAUAUAUUGUAGUCCAAUUUAAAAUGUUUUUUUCCUCUAUUCUGAACUCCAAAUACUUGAAUACUUUUCAUUAUAAUUACAGGGGUGCGUUUAUUCCAACUCUAAAAGGUCAUAUGAAUUUUGUGCAAAGUGUAGGCAGUCCUGCUGUAAUCAAGGAAAUGUAAAAUACCCUGAUCAUAUCAUGAAAAUAACCUCAUUACGUUUUCUGUUGAAUUGUUCAGAAGUCUUCUCCCAACGUAGUGUUUAUUUUAGAUUAUAGCAAUAUCAAACUCUUAAUACCAUCCUUCUUUUUGUUUGAUUCUUAAUUAAAGAAUAAGGCUUUUUUAUUGUAAUGAUUUAGAAAUGGUUAUCAGAGGGAGAUGUUGUUCAUGUGCCUGUAAUUGUUUUGUUUGUAAACAAUGGGGUUAACAUAACAAUGACAUGAUGCUACAUUUUAAUUAAAUUACGAUGUUAGGAUUUGAACAUUAAUUGAUGGUUAGAUUAUUUGUUGAAAUAUUGAUGAAGUGAUCAUGUGAACUUUAUUUGCAAUGAUUUGAAUAUUCAAUGUACACAUUAUAUUUUUAAUACACUGUUUGUUCGUUAGAACUGUGGUUGACUCUUUCCCAGUUGGAAAUACAUGUAACUGAAACAUUGUGAUCUUAAAAGGCAACUGAUUGAAAAGUAAUAUUUUUUCUGUCUAUUUUUGAAAGAUGGAAAAAAGGGGGACAACUUAAGGGUUAUACAUGUUUAUAUAAAAAUGUAACAAUCUACAUGUAAUUUUAGACAGAUACUCUCUGUUUGAAACAUGCAUUAUGAAAUAAAGAUUGUUUGCAUGUUGUGAAGUAAACACCAAA